CUUCUCUUCUUCUCCUUUUCAUUCUCAUUACCAUUCUUUUUCUUCAUUCAUCUUGAUUAUUAAGAAAGUUUUGAACUUGCUGCAUUUUGAACUCAAAAAUUUAAACUUGCUGCAUCUUGGUGUUGAAGAUUGUUAAUUAGAUCUGGAUCAAAUGGAGCUAAAGGCGAAUCAUACUCUCCUUGCUGAUACUGCAACCUUAACAAGGACAAGAUCAAGGCUUGGCACAGGCUCACCUUCGAGUUUGUCAUGCUCUCCUACAGCCACUUCAACUUUUCUGCACGGUCCUUCGCUAACAAUUCCAAGGAAGAAGAUUGGAAUUCUUGAUGAUGUUCGUUCUAACGGUUGGCUUGAUGCAAUGAGAUCGUCUUCUCCUACUCGCAAGAAAAUACCUAUGGAUGUUGGUCAUGGUGUUGCGUCUUCUGAAGCUGAUGCUGCUUAUUUAACCUGGCUGCUAGAGUUUCCGUCAGCACUUUCAUCUUUCGAGCAAAUUACUAACUGUGCAAAAGGCAAGAAAAUAGCAUUGUUUCUGGAUUAUGACGGGACUCUUUCACCAAUUGUUGACAAUCCUGACCGUGCUUUCAUGUCCGACGACAUGCGUGCUGCUGUUAAAAAUGUGGCUGAAUAUUUUCCGACUGCAAUAAUUAGUGGAAGAAGUCGUGAAAAGGUACAUGAAUUUGUCGGAAUAACGGAUCUUUAUUAUGCUGGUAGUCAUGGAAUGGACAUAAUUGGUCCUCUUAGACAAUCUGUAUCUGAUAAUCACCCUAACUGUAUUAGGUCUACUGAUAAGAAGGGCAAGGAAGUUAAUUUAUUCCAACCUGCUGCUGAAUUCCUUCCUAUGAUUGACGAGGUCCGUAGGUUGUUCAUUGAGUGUACAAAAGACAUCAAAGGAGCAAAAGUUGAGAACAAUAAGUUUUGUGUCUCUGUACAUUAUCGUAACGUAGACGAGGAGAAUUGGGAUAUGGUGGCACAACGCGUUUAUGAUAUUAUGAAAGACUAUCCACAUUUGCGAUUAACUCACGGUCGGAAGGUUUUAGAGGUCCGACCAGUGAUUGACUGGGACAAGGGAAAAGCUGUUACAUUUUUGCUCGAGUCACUUGGACUUAACGAUGACGAUGAUGUGCUAGCUAUAUAUAUUGGUGACGAUCGAACUGAUGAAGACGCAUUUAAGGUUUUGAGUGAGGUUAAUAAAGGUUUUGGAAUCUUAGUUUCUUCGGCUCCUAAAGAAAGCAACGCGGUUUACUCUCUUACUGAUCCCUCAGAGGUCAUGGAAUUUCUCAAGUCACUAGUGGUGUGGAAAUCAAGCUCUAUAGUAUAAUGUAUAGAGGAGAAUAUACUCUACUAUACUAUACUAUAUAUUAAAGAUAGAUUCUGAUUUUGGUUGAGAACAUUUCAAGGGUUUCUUGGAGAAGAAUUAAGCUUUCAAGACCUCUCAAGAUAGGAAUAACAUUUGUCAUUACUCAGUUUUUUUGCUCAAAAGCUCUUGUGGAAGCUGUAAAUUAAUAUGGCUUAUUAUAAUAGUAAGAUUAUUCAAAAUCUGUUUAGGGGUUUAUUUUUGUCCCUAACAAAAAUAUUAUUAUUUAAUUCAUAUUCUUUAGUGCUUCUAAGUAGUAAAUAGAGGGUUACAUAUGAAAUUGUUCCCUUUUUUUUUUUUUUAUUCCUUUCAAUUUAAGGGAGAAUUCCCAUUUGUUAAUCUUUUUAUAUGUACUUUGGAAUUGGAUGUCAUUAAUAUAUAUUACCUAUUUUAGUUUA